CUACAAAACUCGGCGGCAUCAUGUUAUAUAGUAGUUAUAAUAGAUUUGAUAUCGGCGGCUGUGGUAGGAUUGAUCGGGUUAAUAAAGAAACAAGUUGCUAGUUGUAUGGUGACUGGAGUAUUAUACUGUAUGGCUGCAUUGUUUGGUAUAUUCGGAUUAAGUAUGUUUCAUGCUAAAGACUAUUAUGAGAAGAAUUUCUGUUAUUCUUUGAACGAAGUUCCAAAUGCGGUGUGCUAUGCAAGGGACGUAACUCUUGAAUGGGGAUUAGUUGUGGCCUGGUUCGGUGUAGUUUUCUGUGCUAUUGCUUGUACAUUAUGGCUUAUAGUAGCUCGCGCAUUACGUGUAAUUAAGGCGAAAACAAUGCUGUAA